AUGAUAUCCUUCUGUCAAACUAUCUCGAGACCUGAAUUGGAGGCUGCAGUGAUCAAAGGAAAAUUUCAGCUGGGCUCUUUUUACACUCAGCGUCUGAUGUCCGAGUGUGUUGCUUAUGCCAGACCUGUUUGGAGUAAGCUCUCGAUGCCUACACACAGAUUUAUUCUGUGGCAGGCGGUUAACCACCAUCUGCUCACUCGAGACUUACUUGGUGCUCAUCACAUAUCAGUAGCAAAUUUUAGAUGUCCAGUUUGUGAUCUUGUGGAGGAAAGUCAUGGCCAUCUUUUCUUCGAGUGCAUAUUCUCUAGAAAGGUAUUACUACUUGUAUCUGGUUGGCUUGGAGGAAUCACUUGGCCUGGAAAAUUUGAGGAAUGGAUUGCAUGGCUGUCUAACUGGAAGUCGGACUGGUUGCACUCUUUAAUGGCUGCUUCUCUUGUUGCUUGUACUUAUUUUAUCUGGUAUAAUAGAAAUGCCAGUUGUUUUAAUGAGAGUUGUUUCACUGUAUUUACAAUAGAUUAUCUGAUUAGGCAAGCAGUCAAAGCUAGAGUUCUUAAUGUAAAUUCUAGGCACCUAUCUACUAGAGAAAGGCAAAUGAUUGAGUUUGUAAAAUCUUUGUAA